AGCGCUACCCCGUCGGGAGCCCGCGCGCUGAGGGGAGGGGGGCGGAGCUUCGUGCGGAAGCCAAUCAGAGCCACGAGCGGCCGGAGAAACACGAGAGGCGGGCGUGUGGGCGUGGUUACGGGAGGGGGCGUGGCUCGCGCUGCCCGCACUGUCCCGGCGCCGUCAGGCUCCCCAAAGAAAGAUGGCGGCUUAUUUACAUUCUGCCCCGGCCCCGCCAAUGGGCGCCCGCGUGCCCGCCCGGUGCCGCGGUCAGCUGAGGCGGCGCCCAAGAUGGCGGCGGCGAGGGUCGGGGCGGCCGGGAGUGGGGUUGCGCUGCGGUAGAGCCCGGCGCCGCCGCGGGGGCCGCGUCCUCCUGCCCCGCCAGGUGUCCCGGCCGUGCGGGGGAGAUGCAUCCGUUCGGCCGCGAAGAAGCGGCCUCCCAGGAGCGGCUGCUGGGGUUUUUCUGUGAGUGCGUGCGGCGCGGCGGCUGGGGGCUCGCCCAGGCCUGCCUGCCCCAGCUCUGCCGCUGCCCUGCCGACGGCCCCGAGAAGGUGGAAGCGAUCCUGCGGGCGCUCGUAGCGUGUCCCGCGGCGGUGAGAUGUGGACAGAAUUGCAGCCCCUGGAGAACAGCAUGGCUUUGGCUCCUUGUGCUGGAAAAAUGGCUUGCAAGGAAUCAGAAAACUGUUCCAGUUGUUCUUCGGAGAGAAACUGAAUUUUUAUUGUUCUUGGAAGAAUUGCAGAAGGAUGUCUCUGAGGAAGUCCUAAAGGAGCUGUUUGAAGCAUUUGAAUGCACCCUGAACAAGCACACUGCUGACAGGAAAAGGAGAGAUGGCUGUUCUCACAGAUUCAGUUUGGAUGUUGUUUCAGCUCUCCGGAAGCUUUUGUUACGGGCUCCGCAGAGGGCACAAGCCCUGCUGGAGUUCUUCCAGGAGGAACAAGGGACACGCGGCUCCUCACUCCAACAAUAUUGUUCUCUACAAAACAUCUUUGUUGAAUUUCUUCGCGACUCCUUGAAAUCUCUGCAGAGGCUUCAGUGCGGUUCUGAGAUUUCAGAAGUAGAUCAAAGAGAACUAGUAGAUACUAUUUAUUCUGCUCUCAGUAUGGUGACUUUUGAGGUGGAGCAUCAGACUGAUGAAGUACGACACCUGUUCAGGGAACUCUUGGAUGUAUGCUGGGCUGAGGGAAGCCCGCUGAGGGAGGAGAAGCUCCUAAGCUGUAUGCUGAGGAAACAGAGCCACGGCCUGUUAAACCUAUAUAGCAGUGUUCUCAUAGAAAGAACAAGAGAAAAAUUUCUGGUGUCAAAAUCAACAGGAAAAGGUUCGUCGGAGCAGCUGGAUACAGAGCGAGCCAUGAUGAACUUGUUCUCAGAUCCCAAGGAGGUUGCUUCCUGGAAGACUGCAUAUUUCUACUGCUUGAGCAGCAGCAAGCACUUUCUGGAACAGAUUCUGGUGACAGCAUUAACUUUACUGAAAAGAGAAGACUUCUCAGGCCUGAGCAGCUUAUUGCGGAGAGAAUUCAACCCCCUUAGCCGCCUCUUGGUAUUGCUAGGAUGGACUCACUGUCAAAGCUUGGAAUCGGCAAAAGCAUUGCUAUGGACUCUUCACAAAACUCAGAAUCUGUGCAAUGAUUCGGUACUAAAAGAUUUCUGCGAUGGGCUCUGGGCUCAAGUGGAAGUUCUUGAAUGGUGCAUACAGCAAAACAGUAUUACUAUCCCAAGGAAGGUUCUUUUGCAACACUUGCACAGUCUAGAUUGCCACACUGCAGUGUACUCUCUCCAUCACCUCACUAAUCUUCUUACACUGAAUGAAGAGGAUGUUAUUGAGCUGCUUCAAAAAGUUCCUGCUAGAGACCAACAGUUGCAGGCGGCAUCGCUCCCUAACGCCCUAAGUCAGCAACGCAACCUGGCGCUCUUUCAAGCGUUUUGUGCUAUGAAGUAUGCUAUCUAUGCUCUCUGUGUGAAUUCACAUAAGCAUUCCCAGUGCAAAGAUUGCAUAUGCAGCCUUCUUGGUGAUAGCCCUGAAGACAUAACUUCUGCAGAACCAGCAGAUUGCUCCUCAGUCUUUCCUCAGUACCUUGCGAAGUGUCACCAGUUCUUAAAGAGUAUUCCUGCUCCUUUGCGCCUGGAGGUUCUGGAGAACAUCUUCUCCUUGCUUUUUGUUUCUUACAGUGACCUCCAUAGUGAGAAUUUUCUACCUGAGGACUAUGCAGAAGAUGAUGAUCUUGAUAAAAAGAGUUGUACAGUGGGCGUAGAAAGUGGUAUCAGUAGGCGGUCUUCUGCCUCUGAAAGUCCACAGCACCUAAUAAAGGUUGAAAAGAAGUUAGAGAGUCAUCUGUUAGCUGCUCGGACAGUCCACUCAGAUCCCCGAGAUCUUCCUGACUCAGAGUUGCACAGCAAAAGCUGUGAGGCCUCUAGGCUGAGCUAUCUGGAUCUAAAACACUUCACCAGUGGUGUCACUGGAUUUUUAGUGGAUGAUGUAGCCAUGGAUGCCUUCCUCACGUUGCUCCUCAACCAGCUGGAAGAAAUUCAGAGUUCUCUCCCAUGGGACUCCAGUAAUGUGCUUCGUGAAGAGCUGGAGCUUGUUGAGUGCUUGAACCUUUCUGCGAGCAGAGAUGGCUUUGGAAGUCGUGUGUCACAGUUUUCCAAAUACCUUUCUGAAGCUCACUGGCGAUACAAGGUGGUGAUGAGCAACAGAAAUGCAGAACAUCAGCUUGCAUCUUCCCGCAGAUACAGCUCUUCAAUUAGGUCCAACAGCUUUAAGAAGCGAAGCAGAUCUCAAAGGUACAAAACAGAUGGGAAAGAGGGAACUUUCAGUCCAUCAUUGGAAAGUACAAGUAGCGAGCUAAGCACCAGUACCUCAGAGGGAAGUACCAGUAAUGUGUCUGGCUCAAAUAAUUUGGAAAGUAGGGUGAGACCACAGCAGCAAAACCCCCUAAUUCCUAUGAUGCUUUCCCCGCCAGAAUCACUAUUAGUUUCUUGUGUUUUGAGAGGAAACUUUGUAGAAGCCCAUCAGGUGGCUUUGAUGUUUAAUCUUGAUACUUCACCUUGCUAUGGCGAAUUGGUUUUCAUGGAGCGCUACCAAGAGGCGGUACGAGAAAUGGCCAGAGUGGAGAACAAUAUUGAGAAUCAAGCAUCAGAUGGCACCGGAGGCAUCAGGAAAUCUGGCAGUGGCCGUUCAACAUUGCAAGCUAUUGGGAAUGCAGCAGCGGCUGGUAUGGUAUUUUAUUCCAUCUCGGAUGUUACUGAUAAAUUGCUUGCAACUUCUGGAAGUCUUGCCCCUACUCUCCAAGAAAAUUUCUGGAUCAACAACAUCCAGCUGGAGCAUACUGAUCCUCUCCGGGAAGUCCUUGAGGACCUCAGUCCUUCAGCAAUGGCAGCAUUUGACCUAGCUUGUACUCAGUGCCAUCUUUGGAAGACGUGCAAACAGCUUUUGGAAACAGCAGAAAGAAGACUUUUCAACAGCCUUGAAACUCGGGGCCACCGACCUGACUUUGUUUUACUGCACUCCGAAGGUUUAAAGGGUUUCCCAGCAGUUCUUCAGCAAUUAAGCAAAAUUCUCAAUUACUCCUGCACAUCGCAAGGGCAGUCCAAGUCAGAGAUCUCAGAUGAGAAAAUGGGCAGUUAUUUUCGAUGCAGUAUAGUAGACCUUCUUCAAGCUUGCUAUCCUGCCUUGACUGAAGAAAGCAUUACUAAUGAGAUUGUUUUAUCGCAACAUCUGGAUCAAAUCCUAAAAGCGCUGACACACGUUGAACGUUCUGUGGACUCUAAAGGGAGCUUGCUUGGCACCUUGGUGGAACAGGCAUCUCUGAAACCGGUGGAACUGGAGAAGCACCUAGUUUGGAAUCAAACACAGCUCCUGCUGAGAACUCUUGACCAACAUCUCCAACCCAUGUCAGAAAGCAACAUGAAGACAAACUUUGUGAAGAUCUUCUUUGACUAUGUUACUACAUUGGUUGCUGUUGUGUUACGAAGUCUGAAUACAGAGCUAGACUUAUCCUCAGCAGUGAAAGUGGGGAAUCCUUUCAUACUGUUACAGCAGAGUCCAUCUCAGCUACUCUCCCAGCUCUUGUUUGAAAGACAGGUUCAACCUGACAGGCUUGCUUCACUCUUGGCUAAAGAAGAGUUGAACUUGAAUGUGCAGCAAGUUAUUGUUAACUGUUGCUGUGAACCACUGUCCUUGUGCAGCGCAAGGCAAACCAGCCAGGCAAAGUCGCUUCUGACAACCAUCAGCAACCUAGCGCAUCAGUGUGCCUGCCGCUGCCUGCCAGAUGUUGAAAUACCAACCCCCAGUCCUGCAGUGGCCUCUGAGGACAUCUACACUCAGGCCCCAUCCUCUGUGACUGACUUGAGCCAGAACACACUCACUGCCUCCUCCCUGGACUUCCUGAAGUCUCAGUCAAAAUUAACAGCCACAGUGGCAUGUCUAAGUGCGUCUAAUAUACAGAAAAUUUCCAAAUCGAGUUUAUCUUGGAUGGAAUUUCGAGGCAAACGGGAGGCGCCCUUAGGUUUGGAACAGAUUUCCAGGGAGUGUGAGGCAUUGUUGAAGGAGUUCCCCAUACUGGAACAAUUCCUGCUUGCUAUGUUUGAGCCACUUCAGAAUCAGCAAGAGGAAGACAUCAGCUUGGCUAGCGCCUUCUCUGGCAAGACAUACAUAUCUUUGGUUCUCCUAGGACUGCAUUCCACCACAGCCGUUAAGGUAUUAAUGGAAGUCUUUGAACAAGCACUUGCUGCAAAGGAUUGGGUCAGAGCUCUGAAGGUCUUGGAUUUGUACAGUCAGGAUGUGGACGAGUUGGACAACAUUAAGGAUGUUGUGCUGAGCUGUGCAACUGCUGAAGGUAAGGAUGGUUGGCAGUACUUGUUCCCAGUAAAAAAUGCAACAUUAAGAAGUAUGCUGGCCCUGCGCUGCCUGGACAAAUGGCCACUUGAUGCCUGUUUGGAAAUACUAGCUUAUUGCAUUUCUGAUUUGGGCAAAGCUGAUGAACUAAAAGCCAACUUGCAGAGCAGGAAGAAAGAACUUCAGGUUUAUCAAAAGAUUUUGAAUUUGCAAAACGAACCUCUGUGGAAUGACUGGCAAGAUCUGAAAAAAGCCUGCACUGAUGAUUCCCAGACCAUCAUGAAUAUCAUUCUGAAGGCAAAGGAUUAUGAGUUGUGUGAGGAAUGGGGGCACUUAUAUCCUGUCCCAAGAGAAGACUUAAUCAACCUUCACCGUGAGCACCUUCUCCACUUACUGGAGACAGGUGACAUGGAAAAAGCACUGCAGCUUUUGCAAAGAAUAGAAGACCCUGGUAUUUGCCUUGCAAUCAGUGAGCAGUCCCUUGACCAGCAUCCCAGCUUGGCAGCAUCUCACUUCUUAGCUGAUUACCUCACAAAUCACUUCUACAAGAAUCUGACAACAGCACGCCGUAAUGAAAUCCAGGCACUCUAUAUGGGAUCAAAAGUGUUGCUGACUCUACCUGAGCUUUCCCGUGUUAACUACUUCCACCUCUCCUCCAGGCCACUGCUUAUGCUGGAACAGCUGCUCAUGAAUAUGAAAGUGGACUGGGUAGCUGUGGCUGUGCAGACACUGCUCCAGCUCUUAGGUGGACAUGAAGUUGGCUUCACUGUAGAAGACGUUGACAGUUUGCUCUCAAAGUAUGCAGAAAAAGCCCUCGACUUCCCCUAUGCAUUAAAAGAAAAGCGAUCAGAUUCUGUGAUACGUAUCCAAGAAAAUCUCAGUCAAAUACUAGAGUGUGAAGCAACGUCUAAAUCAGGAUCAUCAGAACUGUCUCCUGCCAGUUUUACUGGUAAGGAUAUCUACAGAAUGUCUGAAGAGUCAGCACACACAUCCAUUUCAGGCACUGCAGGGGGAAAAAAAAAAGCAAGUCUGAACAGAGCACAGAAAACUGGAUUACAUCUGCAGGAAGAAAAAGGUGUAACAAUGUCUGCAAGUCCCAGAGAAAGAAGUUUGCAGCAAAAUUUGUUUCCUCAGGAAUUUGUGCCACCUGAAAAGCCACCUCCAAAGCAAGAAUGGAUACCCGAUGACACUGAAACGAUAUGUAUGGUUUGCAAAUCUGAACGCUUCACUAUGUUUAACAGGCGUCAUCACUGCAGGCGUUGUGGCAGGCUGGUGUGCAGUUCUUGCUCUACCAAGAAAAUGGCAGUAGAAGCUUGUAGAGAAAAUCCAGCUCGAGUAUGCGAUCAGUGCUAUAGCUACUACAACAGAGAUCAUCUGCCUGGCUUGGCACAUGACACAAGCACCACAAAAGAAGAUCAGGACCAAGUGGAAGAAGCUCCUGAUAAUGAGUAUUCCACAGUGGUGCGAAUACCCAAGGCAACUGAGCUUGAAUGGAUUUUUUCCCUGAAUGAAGAGGAGAAUGAAAUUGUGCGCAGUGAAUUUUAUUAUGAACAGGCUCCCAGCUCUUCCUUGUGUAUUGCCAUCCUUAGCCUGCACAGCAACAGUAUAGCGUGUGGCCACCAGCUGAUAGAGCACUGCUGCAAAUUGUCCCAAGGGCUCACUAAUCCUGAGGUAGAUGCUGGACUCCUUAUGGACAUCAUGAAACAGUUACUCUUCAGUGCCAAAAUGAUGUUUGUAAAAGCUGGAAGGAGCCAAGAUCUAGCGCUCUGUGACAGCUAUAUCAGCAAAGUGGAUGUGUUGAAUAUUUUGGUUGCUGCUGCCUACCGUCCAGUACCAUCUUUGGAUCAGAUUCUUCUCCCUGCAGCAGUAACAAGAUUAAGAAAUCGGCUUUUGGAAGCAGAGUACUAUCAACUAGCUAUAGAGGUUUCUACAAAGUCUGGCUUGGAUCCAAGUGGAGCAUGGCAUGCCUGGGGCAUGGCUUGUCUUAAAGCUGGAAAUUUAAGCUCAGCAAGAGAGAAGUUUAACCGGUGUUUAAAGCCACCUGUGGAUCUAAACCAGCUGAACCAUGGUUCAAGGCUUGUCCAGGAUGUGAUACAAUACCUGGAGUCCACAGUGAAGCCCGUACUCAUUGCGCAGGAUGAUGAUUACUUUGCCACAUUGAGGGAACUUGAAGCAACGCUGAGAACAAGAAGUCUCUCUCUGGAGAUGAUGUGUGAGGGGAAGGUUCAACACAACAGCUACUAUCAGGAGUGCUUGUUCUAUUUACAUAGUUAUGGCACUAAUCUGGCAAUAAUAAGCUUUUACAUGAGACAUGACUGUAUGAGAGAAGCACUGCUUCACUUGUUAAAUAAGGAAUCCCCAUCAGAAGUGUUCAUUGAAGGGAUCUUCAUUCCAAGCUAUGAAAGUGGAAAACUGCAUAUGUUGGAGAACUUGCUGGAAACCAUUGAUCCAGGAUUGGAGAGCUGGGGUAUCUACUUGAUUGCGACCUGCAAAUACUUGCAGAGAAAGAACUACUACCACAUUCUGUAUGAGCUACAACAGUUCAUGAAGGAUCAUGUUCGUGCUGCUAUGACCUGCAUUAGAUUUUUCACUCAUGGAGCAAAAUCAUACACUGAACUGGGAGGCAAACAAACGUGGCUUGUAAAGAUUAAGGACCAUCUCAAAGUCUACCUGCAGGAGGUCUCAAGAAGUUCAGGAAGGAAGAAAAUGGUAUUCACUUUUCGGAAGAAAAUGUCUGCUACAGAUGUGUCGAGGCACAUCAAUACAGUUGAUCUGCAGAUGGAAGUAACUAAGUUCUUGCAUCGAUGUGAGAUCUCGGGAACCUCUCAAAUGACAGGUCCCUCCCUGCCCACACUCUUUGGAAACAAUAGCAUGAAAAUGGAUGUUGCUUGCAAGGUCAUGUUGGAAGGCAAAAACAUUGAGGAGGGAUUUGGGAUUGCCUUCAGAGUCCUUCAGGACUUCCAGCUGGAAGCUACAGAAGUGUACAGCAAAGUGGCCAAGCAGCUGGUGAAGCAGCAAAAGUACAGUGAGAUCCGGCAGCUCCUCAAGUGUGUCAGUGAGUCUGGAGUGGCAGCCAAAAAUGAUGGGGAUAACAUUAUCUUAAACUGUCUAAAUGAAUUCAAGAACAUACCUGCUGAGGAUCUUGAUAAUCUGAUCCAGGAUAUGGACAGUGAUGAAAACAAGAUCCAAGCGUACCUGAUGUGCAACAAGUUGCGUUCUGCCUAUCUGGUCUCGGUCAGACAGGAGAAGACCAGAGCAGUGCAGCUAGUCCAGCAUGUGCGCCAGCUGGCUGAGAACAGUGGAGAAGAUGUUGUGCAGGCUAUCUGUACCCAGUGGCUUGCCGUGCACCAGCCCAAAAUGAGAAAUCGCCUUGCCCAGGGCAGUAGGAAGUAAUUGACGUUCGCCAUCAUGCAGAAGGGGAAGACUUCAAGACAGCUUAAAGGCAUGCAGUCCACCAGUCUCUUGGUAAAAGGGAAGUCUCCUGACUUGUGUUGGUGGCAAAUGGAAGCUGCUAAUGUGCCUCUGGUUGGAAGGAAGGGAACUAAAUUACAAGUGCCAGUAUUUUGACAGUGACUACCUCAGGGUGUUUUUUGGGUAUUUCUUUGAUUGGGGGGGUGGGAGGGUGGCAUUUGCAAACUGAACAAGCAAGAUUUUAGGUUUAUGGAAGAGAGCACUUGUGUUUUUUAGAAAUGCACUGACCUUUAUUGCAUGUAUUUUAUUUCUAAUCCAGAAGACCUGUAUAGAGAGGAGAGAAAAAUCUCACCAGCUCAAUGUAGCCUAAAGUAUAAAACUUUGAUUGUGGGUUUCCUGUAAAAUUUUUCAAGAUUGGAGAGCUCUUUUACAAAGACUGAAAUUCAGAGAUGAUUGUUUUUAAAGCCUCUAUAAAAAAAUUGUUGCUACCUUCCCUCCCCCUCGUCCCCCCAGUGCAGUGUGCUCAACUUCUGUAGUUCAUUUGAAAAGGUAUGAACUGAUUCUUCAUGGCAGGUUUCUGCUGACCACUUGCACUGGCUGAUGUACGUAGGGCAAUUGAGUCCUUACUAGAUGGAUGAAGUUAUAAAGGGCAUAUCCAGCAAAGGGACUACAAAUGGAAAAUCCUUUAAUUUUUUUUUUAAUUACCUACCUCUUUCUUUGCUAUGGUAAUAUCCAAUAAAGUGUUGUGAUGCAGCUUUAUCACUGAGCAGAUGCCAGUAAAUUUCAGGUGGCAGGAAAUACGGAAAGAUAGAGCUGUGGUAAAGUUCAGCAGGCACUCUGUAUUCCUAUCACACGGGGAUUUUUUUGUUUUUGUUUCUUAGGAAUAUAACCUGUCCCUGAUAGGUACAACAGAACGCUAGUCUGAAUUUGUAUUUAAGUGGACAUACUGUAUAGAUUAUCAUGCCAGGCUUUGCUCUGGAGUGCGUUAGGAUAUGUGAAAAGACAGUAUUCUGUAGUGCAAGGAACGGGACAGUAGCUUCUGCGCAGAAUUUGUCUGUGUGGAUGGGGCUUACUGUGACUAGAAACAGAAUGGAAUUCUUAGGGUUAAUUGGUUUCAUGAAAGAGCAGAUAUCUUUGUGUAAUUUCUGUGUUGAAGGAUGCAUAAAGAAGCAGCUGCCUCUCUGCAACCAUGAGUGGGACAUGAGAAAUGAGCAGAAGAAAGGUAGACAGCAGUAGGACCUUCUAAAAGAAGCAACACACAACGUGGCCACGAGAGUUUGUUUGCCAGUAGCAUGUACUUCAGCAUGAGAGGUGGGAAAACUAGUUCACUUUUUUGUGAGAUUGGUUAGUUUUUUUUACUUUCUGCAAAAGAAACGACAGUAUUGCUGACGUGUAACAUAACUGCAAUAUAACUUUUAGUACAUAAAACAAUUGAGACUCUUUUGUACUACCCCCGAACUCACUGCAGUGACGGAAUAGGCUUCCAUAGCAUUGAAAAGGGACUUGCUCUAUCUCCUUUGGGUGUUUCAGGAGCUGUGCUCCACUGACACUAACCACAUUUAGAUUUCAGAAUCUCCCAAUCACGGAUUUGCACAAUCUCAUUAGUGAGCAGUACUAAUGACAGCUGCUUUUGUUUUCUUGGCCAAACUGACCUAGCUUGCCAUCAGCUUAGAGCUGUUAGGCUAAUCCUAAAACGUGACACUAUCUCUCUCUUUGAUGACUUCUAACUCACUUCUAAAUAACUAGGGGGGGAGGUUCUAUGGUAGAUGUGCUUUCCUGUAAUACCUACACUUCUGCUCAAGUUCUUUACAGCUGCAUAGAGCACAGAGUGGAGUUUGUCACGCAGACCAGUCAGUUCUAUACCUGCCUUUCUCCUUGACCUCUUUGCACUGUACCUUAUGCACUUUAUACAGUGUUUGUUGUAAUUUGAUGUUCUUAACCUGGAAUUGUAGGGAUCUAUCUUUCACUGGAACUGGAAUUUUGAUCCUGACCAACUGCCUUGUGUCAUGAAUAGUGCAAUUAUCAGGAGGCUUUGAAUUUUUGAGCUUCAGAAAUGAAUUGAGUACUGCCAUUUAAACUUUCUAUAUUAAUGACCAAGGAUUGUUUACAAUGGGAAAAAAAAAACAGAAUAAAGUGUUCUGACUGAA